UAAGGUCUAAUCUCCAAAUUCCAAAAGGUGUUCUUUGUAGAGGCAUUUGACGACUAGGGUUUUCAUUUUCCAUAAGACCAAAAGCCAUCAAACCCUAAUCUGAGACAAAUUCAUAAUCGCUUUUCAAUGGCGUCUGUAGUAUCGCAGCAGCAAACUACCAGCGACGGGCCGUCAGCGAAGCCUGCGAUGAGGAAGCCGGUGUUUGUAAAGGUCGAACAGAUCAAGCCAGGAACCAAUGGUCACAAUCUCACCGUCAAGGUCCUCACUUCAAGCACUGUCUUGCAGAAGAAAGGUCGUAACCCUCCAAACCCUAGCCGUGGCGCCGUUGGUCAGACUCGCAUUGCUGAGUGUCUCGUCGGCGAUGAUACUGGCACCAUUCUUUUCACCGCUCGUAACGAACAAGUUGAUUUGAUGAAAGAGGGCAAUACUGUGAAUCUUCGAAAUACAAAGGUUGACAUGUUUAAAGGUUCAAUGAGAUUGGCUGUGGACAAAUGGGGACGAAUUGAAGUUACUGAACCAGCUAGUUUUGUGGUUAAAGAAGAUAACAAUCUGUCGGCUGUUGAAUACGAACUGGUGAAUGUUGUGGAAGAGUGAUUGGAUCGUCGAAAUAACAUUGGAAGAUGAAAGGCUGGUUAUCUUAAAGCAUAUAAGUAACUAUUCUAUCAUAUAUCUCUCUAUAUAUAUUAAGAUAUGCUAAUGAAGUGAAGUUUUUCUUCCUCUUUAAGAUUAGAUGAUGAUGUUUUGGGUAUACGGAUGAUAUUGGCUGGUUAUGGCGUCGUCUCAAUUUGGAUCUAUUUUAUGCUUUUGAUUUCACUCUUUGUUACUUGUAAGGUGGAAUCUGUUAUGGUUUGAUGGAAAACAAUUAUUGCUCCUA